AUGAGUGAAAUUCUGAAAUCAGAAUUAAAAAAAUACGGGGAAAAUACGUCUGUGAGAGGAAUUUCAAAGUGUUUCAAAACAAAUGAUGCCUUCUUGAAAGUGCUCUGGCUGAUUUUGUCGUUUGGAUCUACGACCUACAUGGCGAUUAAGCUGUACGCGCUGUUAGAAAACUACUAUGAAUAUCCGAUAACUACAGAAUUUGGAGAAAAGUCUCUCAUUGCUAACUUGCCUUUUCCUCCCUCUUCCAAUCUCAAUCUCUUUGAUGUAACCUUUGACCCAUCCCGCUCUUUCAGAGGAAUGAGUUUGCUACUGAAUGUUGGUCCAAUCAAAAAUACAAUGAUAUCCUACCAGUCUUCUCAAUCGAGAGGAGUUAAAGUGAGUGUACACAGUCCUGGAAUUCUUGCGGACCUCAAGCGUGGAUUCAAUGUGGCUCCCGGAACUGAAAAUAUCGUCGAAAUUACUCAAACUGAAAGAAGACGUUUAGAUAAACCACACAAUAAAUUGGGUUGCACAAUGGCCAUGUUUUCUUAUGUUAAAUACACUCAUGAUAUGUGCAAUGAAAAUUAUCUACAAAAGUUUAAAUCCAUUGAUGCAGGCUGUAAAUCACAUCUGCUGUUUUGGUCAGGCUCGGAGUUAGAAAAAUCUUUAUUAAAAAUAAACUACAUUAUGAAACAAAACUUUCCUUAUUUUCAACAAGAUAAAGCUGUUCAUACAUAUGAAACGAUGCUCGGAUCUGUGGGAGUUUCGACAACCGGUAGACCAUCACGCCGCCUUCGAUGGGUUUACUGCACAUGUUACGUGACACUAGGCGAGGAUCUUUUUCUAUUUAAUCCCAACGACAACAACACGGGUUUAUUAGCAUUUGUAGUCAUUUUAUUAAUUUUUAUGACCAUUUUGAAAAUUGUGAACAUUAUUUUUUAUGUUCAAGUGGAUGUUGAUUUGAAGUAA